AUGGCGGCAGCCGAGGAGCUCCGGGAGGAAGCGAUUUGCUCCAUUUGCCUGGAUUUCUUCUGCGCUCCGGUGAUGCUGGACUGCGGGCACAACUUCUGCCGAGCCUGCAUCUCCCUGUGCUGGGCCCGGGCCGCCACCCCCUCCUGCCCCCAGUGCCGGGAGACCUUCCCCGGCCGCGGCCUCCGGCCCAACCGGCCGCUGGGCAACAUCGCGGAGAGGCUGAAGCAGCUGGACCAACCCGGGGGGGACGAGGAGCAAAUCCAGUUGCAACUGGAGAGCCUCAGGAGAGAGAAAGGAGAACUGGAGAAACGGGAAAGGAAGGAGCAAUGGAUCUGCCAGGACUAUCUGGAAAAAGUGAAGGCGGAGAGGCAGAAGAUUGUGCCUGAAUUUAAGCAGCUGCGACAGUACCUGGAGGAACAAGAGUGCCUGCUGCUGGCUCGGCUGGGAGAGCUGGAGAAGCAGAUUAAAACAAGAUUGAAAGAAAAUGCUGCUAAAUUCUCCAAGAAGAUUAUUUAUCUGGAUGGCCUGAUCAAGGAGAAGGAGUGUCGGCUGUCAGGACACGAGUCCCUGCAGGUGAGGUCUGCUGAAACACCAGCGCUGUCUUGGCAAACAGCAUGUGAGGCACCAGCAAAUCAGAAACACGUGAUGGGCUAAUCUUACCUUAAUUAUCUUACUUAUUAAUCUUACCUUGCUGGUGUGUCCGUUCACUGUGUAAGGGGAAUGUGAGGAAUGUGUGUGCAGGAUAAGUAACACUGAGCUGCUUCUCUUCUCUCAUCUAGGACGCUGGUGACGUUUUGAGCAGGUAUGUAUUGCUUUCUCCUUUACAUCACACUGCUACUUUAGGGUUGCAAAGAUUCCUGCCCCAGAACAAAGCUGGAUACCUCAAAUACCAGGGGUACCCCAUUGAUGUUUAUAUUUCAGUUUUCCAGAGGCUGAUGAACUAGUAUGAGUCUACCAAGAAAGUCUAUACCUGGGGAAAUAUUUGAGGAGGACAUUUCAUUUCUAAGGUCUCUGGUUGGUUUCUCCAUGACUGAUGCAUAGUGACACUAAGGCAUAGAGACCAGGGCAUAGUGCCCUUGGCUCAGGGCUUCAGCACUUGGCUGUGAUGCAAGUUUGCUCUGAAGGGACAGAGUGACUGGGGGCACCAGGACCAUCACUUGUAAUAGAAAUUUAAAUGGCAAUUAGAGCAUCAGGACAGAGUAGUGACCUUGCCAAUCAGACCUGCUGUCUCUACUCUCGUUGAUGCUCUUAUGUAAAU